AGACUUGUGGUGAUGUUUUGACUAAAAAGAAACUCGACCCACACAGAAAUCGUUGCUACGGCGCCACUUUCACCUGCAUUGAUUGCAUGGUCCAUUUUCCAGGAACCGAAUACCGCGCGCAUAAUAGUUGCAUGACAGAAGAUCAAAAAUAUCAAGGCUCGCUAUAUAAACCCAAGAGACAGAAGUCAAACGGCACCGAUCCUUUCGGUAGACCUAACAAUAUGUCCCACAACGCAUACGUCGAGGACGUUACGGAGUACGAAGAGUACCAACAAUACCAAAUUCACGAAGACGAUGUCGAAGAUGCGGCAAACCUGCCACCGGAAGCACCGACUCCUCCGCCAGCUGUCGCUGACGACCCGAAUGUGAACGUUUUUGACUUCCUCGUUGAUCAUACCCCAAACGUGUCAAACGUCAACCUCCAAUACUAUGAUAAUCCCACCGUACCAAGUGGUGCUCGGCAGCUUGUGCGAUUCGAACAAGAAAACCAAGAAAACCAAGAAAUCGACGACUACGUAGAUCCCACUGGCUACAUGGUAGAUGAGGAGGAAGCGGCACCAUACGGGCCCACUCCCAUUGAGGCCCCCAAAUUCGAAACGCCAAUGCCCAAGCCUCAUCGAAGAAGGUCAAAGGACGGCGAAACUCUGAAAGAUAAGAAGCGCAAGCGACUGCACAUUGAGACACCUGGUCCGUUGGCGUUCCAGGCACACGGCGACGAAGUAAUGACGGAUGCGCCACCAGUACUGCACUCGGGUUUGACCGGGGGCCUUAACCGUCUCAUGCGUCCAUCCCAGUUCCCUCCUUCACCGGAUUACUCUGGAGGCGAUAACGGGGAAAUCUCACCAACAAGCCCUGUCAAGAAGACGAAGCAUUCUAAAUCUAAGUCCAAGUCUACACGGCCAGAGACCGUUAGUGGUGGCUUCAAGGCCUUCAUAUCGGGCACUUCUAAGUCGAAGGUGUCCAAGAAGCGAAAGCACUCAUCUGAUAAGGAUAAGGAUAAGAAGGAGAAGAAAGAGAAGAAGUCCCGACACCACCAUCGGUCUAGUUCCGAGAAAGUUCCGAAACUGAUUGAGUUCCGGCCGAAGUCGCGCGAUGAGAAAGAUGGGGAAUCCGGGCAAAUGAUCCUUUACAAACCGAGAUCCGAUCUUUUCUUGAGUCUGUGCAACAAGGGACCCGAGAGCGAGCGGGGCUGCAGUGUGAACAAAGCUCUGAAGAAAUACCACCGUGAGCGAUCGGAGUCCGGAUCAAGCCUUGGCAAAUCUACGGAGGAGAAGGAACUUUGGCGGUCAUUACGGAUGCGUCGUAAUGAACGGGGCGAAAUCGUCCUAUUUUCGAUCGAAGCCUAAUACGAUAAGCAUUUUAUGUAAUGUGAGAUUAUGGGAAUGGGCAGAGAUAGGAGAUGUGGCGUUCUAAUUUAGGUACGGUUGCUUUACGGUACGGGAAACUAAGUGUGAUACCAGGGUCGUGGAUGUUUGAGUAAGGGAAAGGUUUCCAAGGUUUGGGGGGGAGGGCAUGGAUGGAUGGAAGGAGGGGACAACACGGAAUCUGGUUAAGUUGUUGUCGGACGGGAAGGAAAAAAAAUCAACAAACCAAACAAACAAAUACCCUUGUUGUUGUUGUUGCUGCUUCUGAAGCUGGUCUUGAAGCCUCUUUAUCAGAGAAGAGGAGACAGAUGGACGCCGCAUCAUCGAUCGAUCGAAGUCACCACCAAUGUCGUUGUUGUUGUUGGAUUAUUAUUAUUUUGGAGAAACGUGUAACCACUACUUGCUACUAUUACUUGCUACUAUUACUAACCUUUACCUUGUUCGCAUUUCUUCUUGUAUGUCCUAUUCAGAUAUCUGUUUUCUUAUAUCCUUCUUAUUUUUCUUGGUUUCAAGGAUACCUUAUUGUUCCAAGGUUACUUGUUUUUUCUGUUCAGGACAACGAUACGAGUGUGUGUGGGGAACGGGGGAAGUGGAAGUGGAAGUGGAAG